UCAUAGACCAAGAAGUUGUUUUGGAUGGUACAGAAUAAAAUUUCAAGUCGGAGUUUCCAUACAUUUUUCUUGAUAAAUUUGGAAGGUUGCUAACUGUUGUCAGCUUACGCAAGAUGGCGUCACAGUUAUCAGUAGCAGAAGAAAACGCCAGUCGCAAUACUACGAACGCCAUCGUCCACAGAGAAUCAGGUAGCGGCAACACCUGUUGCUUCAAAGGCUCUGGAACUAAUAAUACCAUUUAUUUUAGUGGAAAGGGAAGUUUUAAUGAUGUUAAAGUCUUCGGCUCAGGAGGUGGUAACUUUAUCUACAUCAACUGCUACGGGAGCUGCAACGACAUCCACAUCAAAGGGACGUGUCAAGACUGCACCAUCACUGUCAAUAUCAGGGGAAGUUGCCAUGACAUCAUUGCCAACGUCAGCGGAAUAGGUAACAACAUCGUGGUCAACAACGACGGCAGUUGUAACGACACGGUGGUCACCGCCGGCGGAAACGCCAACAACACCUACAUCACCAGCAAAGGCAGCUGCAACGACACCGUUGUUAAUGCUUUAGGGAGUGCGAACAACACCUUAAUCACCACCGGUGGGAGUUGCAAUGAUACCAGUGUCAACACCGCGGGGAAUGCGAACAAAACUUUAAUCGGCGCCCGGGGAAGCUGCAACGACACGGUGAUCUAUGCCGCGGGGGAUGACAACAAAACCAUCAUCGCUACCAGCGGAAAAUGUAAUGACACCGUGAUCACGGAAAUAGGAAGCCAGAACAAGACAGGAAACUGCAACGCAGGGAACGGCAACACAGGAACCGGCAGCAGUCGACAAGACACGACAGCUACCAACGGCUGCAGAAAAAGCAGUCAAAGAACAGAUCCUUCAUUAUCUAAACCGGAAGUGAGAUACAGCCUCACCCCUACAUCUUCGGACUCUCCCCAGUCGGACUCGAUCUCGCAUGACAUCGUCGCCAGUGAGAUCGAGGUCGGUACGGAAUUUAUCGAGCUCGAGUUCCCCCCGUACCUUCCCGAAGACCAGACGGAAACUGCCGAGGACCAAGCGGAAACUGUCGAGGACCAGGCGGAAACUGUCGAGGACCAGGUGGAAACUGCCGAGGACCAGGCGGAAACUGCCGAGGCUGAUUACGAGGAUACGGAUAACACCGGCAAUUAAGCAAGAAGAAAACUUCGGGCAGCUAAAGAGAUGCCCAAGGUAAUGUUGACAGCACAGCCUUAUACCUAACCAACCCCCCCCCCCCUCCCAACCCUCAGCCUUCCUUGUUCGCAGAUAUAUCCCAAAACCACCACUCACCACCCGAACUUUUUAAAAAGUAACUCACCAGUCACCAUCCCUAUCACCCACCACCCCAAACUUUUAAAAAACUCCCCAUCCCUAUCACCUACCACCCCAAACUUUAAAAAAAACUCCCCAUCUCUAUCACCUACCACCCCAAACUUUAAAAAAAUCCCCAUCCCUAUCACCCACCACCCCAAACUUUAAAAAAACUCCCCAUCCCUAUCACCUACCACCCCAAACUUAAAAAAAAAACUCCCCAUCUCUAUCACCUACCACCCCAAACUUUA